GGCAGACGCGAAUCGACGUCUUGUGUUUUUCGAGCGUUACCGACGGCAGACGUAAAACGACGUUUUUUUAUUUUUUCAAGCGUUGCCGCAUAUUUCAUUUGCACGCUUGUCUUGCAAAAUUGCGCGGCAGAGAAGACUAGAUGCUUGCGUCAGCGUACCGACGUCAAAGUCUUAAUUAGGAUCACUUUGGCUAUGAUAAGUAGCAAAAUAAAAAAGUCAAUAAACUCUUCCGCUAUUCAUUCAAUUUAUAAAAAAAAAUAUAUAUAUAUAUUUGUAUAUAAAAUUCUAAUUACGAAUAUUUUAGGUAAUUUUACUGAGAGUGAUGAAGAAGCUGGUCGUUUCCAGACACUAUCGCCUUAAUACGCUUUUCUAGAGAACAGAACUCGGAAAAAAUGACUUCGAAGAAAAAAAGUCAUAAAUCAUAACGCUCGUCGUUCUCAAACAACUAACUUUAUCCUACAAUUUUUUUGUAUCGGCAGAAAUAAUUAUGGUAUCUAUAGGUCCGAGACAAACGACUAACGCUUCGGACAGUCGACAAAAAAAAAAAAAAAAAAAGAAAAAAAAAUGGGGAGACAAUGGCUUAAAAUACGUUGCCAUAAGUAUUCGCAAACGUUUGGAGAUUGAUAAAAAAAAGGAUCAUCUAAAAAUUCCUCUUUCUCAAAUACACUUUUAUACGUGUACGUUGCUUUUUCGCUAAGCCUCUCGAGUACUCUGUCGAUAUAUGUAUACGGUAUACAGUGGUAUGAUAGUGGAAUAUCCUCUUGAAACGAUGGGCUGCUUUCUCUGAAAGCGAAGAAAGAAAACGCUUAUGCUUAUUUUUCUCGGCCAGGCUUCUGUGUGCUCGUUCCAAAGAUGCACUAAUGCCUGAUUUCUUCGAGAAGAGUUUCGUGGUCGUCGCUAAAGCGACUUCACCCGGGGCUAUGUCUCUCUAAAGCGGCCUUUAAUGGCCGAAAAAGACGACACGGUCUAACGAAAGUUCGCGAUAUUCGCUGAUUCGCUAGCAACAGUCGAGACAUCCUCGACACAUCCUCGAAAAACCUAUUCUACUCCAAAUAGGAAGGUUUAUUUAAGUCGCAGAAUGUCAGUGACCAUUCGCUUCGUGCAUACUUUGAGCAAAGGAGAACGAUUUUAUAAGAAAAUUCGAACGAUUUCUUACACGUUAUCAUUCAACCAAUAUUAUAAACUUUUAUAAUAUUAACUUUUAUUUUAGCAAAAGUUGACUGCCGCGAUAAUCACAAAUAUUUGGUUGCUUCUGAGCGGAACUGCUUUAUCCUUGAAUACGAUAACGACCAGAUAAGUUUAGAGUUGUUCAAUGAACAUAUCUCUACCGAAAAACGAAAAACUUUUACGUUUUUCGCUGAGACUUGCCAUGUAAUUCACGGUACAUAAUUGAAGCGCCAAUUCCAUUCGAAUUGCAAACAUAUGGAUUUUUAAGUACAAGUUGCAUCGCUUUAAACACCGUAUUAAAGCAUCAGGUAGCUAACGCUACGGUAUACGCUCACCGAAAAGAUCAUGAAGCAAAGGAUUAAAAGAUUAGAGCAGAAAGUUAGUGAAUGGAGAGGCGGUCAUGUUCUCGUGAAGGGGUACACGCGCGAAAAUUACGAUUCUAUCAGAAUCGACGCGACGUUUGUCGGACAAACAGCGAAGAGGAAAAGAUGAUUUUCGUUUUUCCUUCUUUCUCCCCCCCCCCUUCCUUUCGUUUCUCUCCCUCUCUAUCCGUGGAAAAUUUGAAAGAGCGGAGAGCAUGAAAGGGGCAGAAAAUAAAGGGACCACAAUCGUCGAAGGUACAAAGACGAGUUCUUUGAAAUUCCAACGCCUGGCUUCGUCGAGAGAAAAAAUUAAAAAAAGACGUCGUAGGCACUUCGAACUGAAAGAGAAAAAGAGAAGAGAGAGGAGAGAUGCAGCGAAUUACCUUGUACGGAACGUUAUAUUUCGGCGGAAACUUUUCGUUUGUCUGAAUUUUGAACAAUUAAGUCGCCUUUCUGUUCGUCAGGCUCGAUACACCGCCGGUUGUCGUCGCUUUUGUUUAUCGUCUCUUUGUCUUCUAACCGAGUGGAUAAAAUUUGUUUAAAAAAUGGUGAAAUUUGUCCCAGUAUUUAAGCAGAAGAUAUUACUCGUGUUAAAGCUCGUGUUAACCUUUCCAUAGCGUAACGCGAUAGAGACAAAUUAGAAACUUCUAGUUUACCUAUAAAUCAGGCCAAUCGAACGGUUAACUGCUUAAAACAGUUCCUAGAAUUGAACGUGAAAGCUUUAUUUUCGAAUCAAAUUCGUUCUUCCGAAAAAUCACAAAAAAAUCAAAAAUCUCUAUCAACAGCCUUCGAUCUCCAAACCCCUUAAAACUAUUCCUACAACCAAACGCAAAACCCUCGUUCUUCCAAAUAAUUGGAAAAAAGCCAUCAACGUAUUUCGAUUAAAACAAUCUUCGCCAACUUUUAACCUUCAAAUUCUACGAAGGAAUUCCUAGAAGUAAAACUAACAACGUGCAAAACUCCGUAUCAUGUACAAAAUUUCUAAGCGCCAAAGUAACCAAAAAGCCUAAACGAAUCAUCGACUGUAAAAUCUAAUCAAGCGUCCCACACGACGCGAGAUCCUCCGGUUCCAUCCACUCGAACGAAACCUAACCUCGAAAAAGCCCUAAACAGAAGAAGGCUCGUGGCCUCGGCCUUCGACGACCCAUUGGCCGCGGAGGAGACGAAGAAGACAGUCCACCAGCGGAAUCACGCUACGUUUACGGUGGGGGAGUAGUGUUAGAAGGGGUGGAAGCGGCAGGAGAGGCUGCCGAAACGGGGCUGCGGCGUUCCUUCAUGCGGCGAUCUGGCCGCACGAGGCCGCGCUGGCGCAGCAACCUCCUUCUCUACUACGUUUGCGCGUUGUGCACCCUUCUACGGGGUGCGUCCGUGCCGGCAACGCUGUUCAUGGACGGCAGACAGUUUCCACGCCACUCGACGAACGCCGUUCCCCGUCCAGUCGUGACGAAGCAUUCCAUUCGACCCUUGAAACCGCGACGAUAUCGCGUCCGUGACCCAACAAGUCGACCAAAUCACCUUCUCGUCCUCGUCGUCGACACUCAAUCGCUAAAAACGCGAGAAUCCUUUUGAAAGAAGCAUCAUCGUGGGUCGAACACGCGACUAGCAUACUCGGAGGAUGCUGCAAGCAACGUGCAGCAACGUGGCAAGCUUCUGAAGCAACAUCUCUUCCAGUGGAACCUCCGUUGGUUCAUCUCGUCUCUCCCUGGAUCUGCUCGUUUCUUCCUGGCUCUUCCUACUUGUACGGGCUCGCGGAGAUGAUUCUCCGAGAGAUUUAACUUUCUCGUCGAUACAGCCCGUGUAUUCUACCGGGAAAAACCAGUUUGGUGAAGUAAAUUGUUCGUCGGAGAAAGAUUUCGAUGUUCGAACCGGUUGCUUGAGACGAAUAACAGAUGACAGGGUCGCGGAUCGAUGUAAACGACGAACAGGCUCCGGGCUCCUCGAUCGCAUCUGAAAGGUGGUGGCGAAGGGCGAAAUAGCCGAGACGUGCACGGUUGAUCGACUUAUCGAAACGAAGAUCCCUGUGUCUCGGGAAAAAACUCGCGACAGUACCAGAUGAGAAGUAAAAGAAGCUUCGGCUACUUCUAAAUAAGAAGUGUACUUUGAGAGGAUUCUAUAAGUGUUCUCUGAGAGGAUUCUGUAAGUGUCUCUUGCACAUCAGAUUCGGAUCAGACAGAUUUCCAGAUCCGUCCAAAAGAAGCGAGUUACAAAAGAUUUUAAGGAAGCCAGGUAUAAUUAAGAAGCUCCUGAUGCAUUUGUGAGCUCAGGCUUCUAUGAGAUUUUUAAUUAGACGAAAAAAGGAAACAUUUUCUAUGUAACGAUCGCGGUCAAACGAAGUUUUGCGAGAUCUUUUAUUUGAAGAGAAAAGAAGGAAUUAUCUAUGUAAAGAUUGGAUCGGAACAAUUCGAGGAGCCGAAGGAAAAGUUUGGUACGCGUCGGUGAGGCGAUAUGCCCGGCGAUACGACUGUGGGAAGUUGAGGACUGGCUUGAUACGGGGCGAUCGCUGCCAAGUGCAGUGGCACGAUCUCGGUAACAUGGUCGACGACGACGGCGACGACGACGACGACGACAACGACAACGACGACAACGACAACGACGACAACGACAACGACAACGACAACGACAACGACAACGACAACGACAACGACAACGACAACGACAACGCGGAGGACGUUGGUGUGCGCUCGCGACGUCGGCGUCGACAUCGUCGUUGGCCGUAGCACAGUCGCGAAAGGAGGGAUGCCACGACGACCCACAUUCCGUCGAAUUUAAUUUCAUGCCUUAUCUCUGGUAACCACGGUACAAUGCUUCAACUGGGGCGGCUGCGAAUCCUUCUAUCUUACUCUUGCUUGCCAGCGCACCAAAUGGACGAGGCUCGAGGGAGGCUAGUGGAACGAUAGGAGGCGACCGGUCGCGGCUGCAGCUGCGGCGUCGGUCGCUGCACCUGCAGCUGCAGCUGCGGCGACGAGGAGGCUGCCGGUAGCAGCGUGCAAACGGUGGCUGAAACAUAAUGCAGAGCACAGGCGACUACUAUCAGAGGGCGCCAAGAUGCUGUCCAGGAAGGAACGCGAACGCAAACGCGGACGCGUUAAGGAUCAACGCUUCUGUCAGGGGAGCGGAAUUGCUGUGCUGUUGUUGUAGCUGCAGUACGGCAACAUCUACCAAGACACCGGGAUUAUUGGCCAGUCUGGGUGUCUGCGUGCUCGUGCUGGGUUACACGCUGUUGGGCGCGUUCGCGUUCAUGGCGCUAGAAGGUGGCCUCAAGUCGGAUUCAGCGAACGACCUGCUCGUUCCCGGUUCCAAGAACGAAGGAGGAUCGUACAUAGUGCCCAGUAUCGAAGAUGACACGGCGGCCAUGGAACUAAGAGCGCGCACCGUUGAAAGGCUCUGGAGUAUCACAGAGGACUUGAACGUGUUGUACAAGGAAAACUGGACACGAUUAGCAGCCAGAGAAGUGUUCGAAUUUCAAGAGAACUUGGCACGAGGUCUCAGGAGAACUUCCUCGCAGUACGAGCCGAUGGGAUCAUCCUCUCGAUCCAGGGAUCAUUCCGUGGACAGAAGAUCACAUAGAAAAUGGACCUUUAGUGGCAGUUUAUUGUAUUCCCUGACGCUGAUCACCACUAUUGGAUAUGGUAGCGUGGCGCCUCGCACAGUCUGGGGUCGUUUAAUCACAAUAGUGUACGCACUGGCUGGAAUUCCCUUAAUGCUGGUCUAUUUAAGCACGGUGGGCGAUGUUCUCUCAAGGAGCUUCCGUCGUUUGUAUGGCAGAUUGUGCAGGCCUAGAAAUUGCACCAGGAAGCAACAACCGCCGCCACCGCCACCUCCUGUAGGUGGCAUGAUGAGCAAAACCUACAGAUAUGAUAACCAUGUCGACUCGAAAUCUGGAAAUUACUAUUCAGCUAGCAGAGAAAGCUCCUGCGACGAUCUAGGAACCAGAGGCACCAGCAGUGCCAUCUUGUUGGACUGUGGAAGCGAGGGACUGCUUCAUGCUACCACCAGCUCCACCGCAGCGCUUCAGGACGUAACAUCAGGAAACAGUAAACGCCAUUUUCACCCGUGCUCGCUGUCCCUGUCGACGAACUCCUCGCCAGGUUACGUAGUGGAAACGAAUCCCGUGAGGAUACCGAUCAGUCUCUGUCUAGUAAUCAUGCUGAUAUACAUAUGCGGUGGCGCAGUGAUGUUCAAUCGUCUGGAGGGUUGGAGUCUCUUGGAAGGUGGCUACUUCUGCUUCACCAGCCUCGGAACGAUCGGUUUCGGCGACCUGAUGCCCGUUGGACGAAAUGCCGCGUCCGCCACCCUGGAGGAACUCAGCCUGUGCGCCUGCUCGCUCUACAUACUCGCCGGGAUGGGCCUGAUCGCCAUGUGCUUCAACCUCGUCCAGGAGGAGGUGGUACGCGUGGUCAGGGUCUUCGGUAGAACCUGCGGCAUGUCGUCGGGGGUGGUGGUCGGACCUAUCGGUGGUACAGGUAUCCCUGAUGCAGGCAUUCGACGGGGAACCGCUAGAUCGUUCCGGGCGAGAAACUAUUUUACCCGGCCACGCUUUAAAUUUCCUGAACGCUUUGAGCCUGGCGACGAAACAUACUAUUUCUAUAUACAGAACUGUGAAUUUAUAGUCAAUUAUUAAACAUAGUGUUAUACAGUGGCUUAAUCGUAAUAUUAUGCGUGGCAGUAUUGUAUGAAUAUAGAUAAUACUAUUUAUGAAAAACAUUAUUUAUAUGGCAGUGCUGAUGUUAUCGUCAGAUCUAAUCCCAUCACGUUUCCUGGUGUGGUAGACUUGGAGAAAGUCUCAUAAGAAUUUUAAAUAUUUCAACUUCUGUUCGUCACUAUAAAAGAAUUAUAGAGAAAUUUAUAGCUUACUGUGAUCUUGAAUCUUCUCAAAAGUAUCACUAUAUUGUCCUAAGAGAAAUUCUAAGAUAUUUACAGCUUACAACGAUCUUCGAUAUUUUCAAAAUAUUAUUAAAAAGAUCGUCUAAUAAUAUAAGCAGUUACCUUCUCUUCGCCCUCCAUUUAUCAAAACUCCAGUUUUCCAUCUCAAAAGCGAAAGCUUCGUUUCCAACCGAACCCAGGCUCAGAGUGUCAAAGGCAUCACGAACAAAUGAGUCGAGCUCUCAAUCGUUUGCACGUAGAGCGGUUCUGAUCCACUCGCGUCGGGGAUUUCGAUCAGGCAUCUUGACCACUCUGCAUAACCCCUUCGUUUAAAAAAACCAAAAAUGAAAUCAAAAUCCAUUUCAAUCAAACCAAAGACCGAAAACUCUCUAUCCAUCACAACCAAAAGGUCAUAAAAUCCUUUAAUUAUUCAUCAGGUGCCGGUCCUGGGCUCAAGGCCGACCUGGACGACGGAGGAGGCACCAGUGACUCGCGAUUGUCCGAACAAGAAGAAGAAGCGAUCGCCAUGUCCAUGGUGCCAACCUCCUGACAGCAUCAGGCCAGGAGUCCCGGGG